AUGUUAAAUAAAGUUCCAUCUUAAAUAUCAUUUGGUGCUAUUUCUUAGAAUUCCUAAAAAUUUGAUGAUAAACUUUAAAUAAAGAAUAGUGACUUUAAAAUAGCUGGUUUUAAAAUAUAUAUACAAGAUGAGAAAAUUUGUGGAAUAGGAAUAGUUUACUUAAAUAAGGAAAAUGGAAGAAAAAUUAUCUUCACAGACACAAAUUAAAUCCAAAAAAACUUACCUACAUUGUAUGAAUUCAAUAUCGCUUCUGGUAAAAAUAUUUAUUAUAUAUUAGAUGAUUAUAUAUAAGUCAUUUUUGGCCAUUAUGAUCAGAAAAUAAAUUAACUUGGCAUUAUUACAUACUCUGGAUAAUAAGUCAUUUUUGGUUUAGACUAAGGAUGUUAAUUUAAUUACAUGUUUAUGGGUUAUACGUUUUCGGCAUGUAGUGGUACUUUUAAAACAGGAUAAAUUGAAUCACUUAAUUUUUAUAUUCAUAAACUUCCUAAGAGUUAUAUAAGUCAAAAUGUAAUCUAUUUAAUUUAUUAUAUUAGCUCAGCCCAUUAUUAGAUAUUCUUUAUCCAAAUUUGAUUGAAUAGAAUAAUCAUUUACAAAAUACAGAAUAAUUGAAUUUUAAUUCAUUUAACUUUUCAGAAUUAACAAUUGACAAGGCAUCAAAAAAAUUAGAAUAUUAAUCAAAUGAUCAAGUAAUAUUAAAGAAUGAAGACAAAAUAAAAAAAGUUGAAUAUUAAGGAUUUGACUUUUAGUAAGUAGAUUUUUAAGAAAUACAAAAUUAACAAAGUUAAGAGAGUCAACAAAGUAAUGAUAAUUUUUACUAGGUUCAAAAAACAACUAAAAAUACAUCAUCAACUCGUCAAAAUUUAAGAGCCAUUAAUACGGGAGUUACUAUCACAAAAGGAAUUAUGAAACUAAUUUUGCAUCAUUGA